AUGGCAUCGUCAUCAACGCCAACAUUGGCUGAUUUUUCAACGCUGCUUGCACAAAAUCUCGUGAAUAUCGAACAACAGCCACCACUUCUUGUUUCAGCUGUUCUUGCUCCAUACAAAACACAUUUUCGUUCAGAAUAUGAAUGGAUGUGUGGAUGUAUUGAAACUUAUGGAAAAUUAGCAUGUAAUGAAACAGCCACAUAUACGGGAAUCUUAAGCUUGAUAAGUGCUAUAUCUGGUGGUGCAUAUUAUGUUGAUGAAUGUAAUGGACUGGAAUAUCCGUUGAAUUUAUAUGUUCAUAUUAUUGGUGAGCCGGGAAGUGGUAAAUCAACUCCUGUGAAUUACAUAAAGGCAGCCAUCUGCCAACUUAUUGAUUUAUUUCCUGAUUUAUAUAAUAAGAAAAUAAAUACACAUGACAAUAUUGGUAAUACGAUGUUAGAUGUGACAACUGCUUUAUAUGAUAAUCCUGUAAAUAGUAAUCAUUUACAUACAAUUAAUAAAAGUCAAUCCAACCAUUUCAAUAAAAAGAAAUCAGUUGAAGAACGAAUGAAAAUAAUUGUGAACUUCGAUACAGAAUUAGCAUUAUUUCGUCAAAUGGCACUCAUCGGUGAUUUAUUUGCUAUCACAGAUGAGUUAGAUAGUCAACUGGUUCGAUUAGGUGUAUUCAAAUCCAAUGAUGAUACAGCAGCACCAGGUGCUAAAUUUCUUACUCAAGCCUAUGAUGGUAUUCAUAAUGAGUCUCGUGGAACCGGAACAUCAAAGUAUGUCAUUAUUAGUGGUAAAUUAGCCAUUUUUGGUGCAUCCACGGGACAACGAUAUGCAUUAAACAUGCGUAAUUUUGCACAAAAUAUCGGCAAUGAUGGUGUGCUUGUUCGUAUGUCUUACUUAGUCAUGCCUCAUGGAGGUGCAAAACCUAUUUCUAAUCGAAUUCCCAUAUCGAUGCCAAAUGCUUUACAUGUUGCUGUAGUAAUUUCAUUAUUGAUCAAUGCUGGUUAUCCAGUGCAACUUCGAUUUGAAAAACUACAAUCAGAUAUCGACAAUGAACCACCAUGUACAUUACCGUUAUACCAACGUGAAAGAAGAAGUUUUAUUGAUGGCAAUGUAUUACCAAGUUUUUAUGAACUUGUUCCGUCCGAAAAUACUCUAAAUGGGCGACGAAAUAUUGAUAUUGAACCAGACGGUUCUACACUUAGUGCCAAUAGUCUUCUUACAAAAUUAAUAAAGGAAGACGUUGCAAAAUCCGAAGAUGCUAAUCGACCACUUCAUGUUCGAGCGUUGUAUGCCAAAACACCUCAAAAGUUAUCUCGUAUAGUUGCAAAUACUCAUUUAUAUUUUGUUGCCAUUCAUUUGCUAACUAGUAAUGAUUAUGAUCUAUUCAAUUAUGUUUCCUUCCGUGAAGGAAGUGGAACAGCUAAUUCUAUUGUUGGAGUAUCAACAAAAUUCUUGGAAGCUGCCAAAAAUGUUGUUAACAACUAUAUGAAGAUGCAUUUCAAAACGGAAUUGGUGAAGGUAGGCGAAAAUGAAAUUAUUCAAGGCAAGUUUAUUAUUGACGUAACCAAAGAAGCUGUUCUGGCUGGUUAUAGCCUAUUUAAGUAUAUACAAGAUGUUCAAUUAGCUAUAUUCGAUCUAUCUGGUCUUAGUUCUAUUGUUAAAAACCGUUUAUCAGAUAGUACUCGAAAGAUAGAUGAAAUUCGAAAACAGUUGGCAUUAACCACGACUCAACAACAAGAUUCAGAUACUGGAUUAAUUUUCAAGUUACCUAGUCCUAUACUCAAACGAGUGUGGAUAACAAAUAAAAAAGAUGCACCAUCAUGGGCUGGCAUUUUUUGUCAAAGCUCGAAAAAGUCGACGAAUUCAAGAACUACAGAAAGGGGUACAAAAGCAGUUGACGCUUUAAUUGAGUGUGGUCUUUUCAAGCAAACUAAUUAUUUACCAAACAAUAGUGCCUUGUGGAAAGCCACACCGAUGGAUAUUUCUCGUUCUGAACAACUUCAAGCUGCUUUAUACAAAUACGUUGGCAUCCAUGUAAAUGAAUAUGAAAAAAUGUAUGAAGAUUGGUUUUAUCCAAGUGAUCUAACCAUCAUGACACGUUCACUCAUUGAUCAUUUAAUUGGUGCUCCAGAAGUUUACGCACGUUAUUAUCACAAUUAUUCACCUGAAAAAUAUCCUGAAUUUCGUUUACGUAUUCAACAGUUGGAGCAUGAUGGUUUAGUCAGAAAAAUGGAAGUUAAUGGAAGGAUUAUUUGGCAUUAUUGCAUUAAUGAUCGAAAUCCAUUUGAUUAUGAAUCGAAUGAUUAUUCUAGUAGUUGUAUAAUUAAUCAAACUGAAAUUCGUGAAAUUGAAGCAAUUUCUACAAACGAACACGGAUUGAAACGAAAAUUGACAACACUAGUAAAACGCAAUGAAGUAAUAAUUUCACCAAGUACAAGUUUUUCCAUAACACCAACCAAACGUACUCAUGUUCAGGCUGAAGUAACACCGGAUUUGGAACCAGGAAUAGUUAAUUUUCAAAAUCUUUUAUCGUCCAACAAUAAUACUUUCAUUACGUCAUAUAAUAAUUUUGAUCAAAAUGAGCAAAACGCUACAAAUAAUAUUACAUUUGAUAAAAACAAAUCAACAACAAAUAAUAGUACAUUUGAUAAAAACAAAUCAACAACAACAAAUAAUACUAUUAAUGAUAAUAUUACUAAUUCUAUUCAUUUUACUUCUAUAUCACCUA